UUGACAUUCUCUUUAAUUCAGAAGUAUUGGUAGGGUAUUCUCAGGAUCAGUGGUUUAUCGUGUAUAAUAUCAAUAGACUCUACUGAUUAUCAGACAAAACAUAAUCUUCAUUGCUAGGCCUGGCCUCAUCCCUAAUCUUGUUCAGUUCCUGGCCGCCCAACCUUGCGUGUAGGAGGUCAACAUCGCUCCUUUACUACAGACCUAGGCCUAGCCUAGGCGAAGUAACCGAUUUUUCCCACACAUAGAAAGAAGUUGAAACAAAUGGACAGGGUACAUAUAGUUGGCUUUUCAGCCACAUUGUCAUCCAUUGCAUUCUUUCUUGCUGGAAUACCAACGUGUUUGAAGAUAAGAAGACAAGGCAGUACGAAAAAUGUUGAAGUUUUUCCAUUUAUAGCAUGCAGCGUGAGUUGUAUAUUCUGGUUAAAGUAUGGCAUUCUACAGCAAGAUAUAUCCGUUACUAGAGCCAAUGUAAUUGGUCUUGUGUUCCAGUGGUUUUAUGUGAUGGUUUUCUAUAUGAAUACAUUAGAAAAAAGUAGUGUACAUAAAAGUUUCUUCUAUGCAUCAUGUGUGGUUUUUCCAGUGCUGCUUUAUAUCAAAUUCUUUGUGAGUGAUCAUGCCUCUGCUGUCAGUAGGCUCGGAUUGAUCUGCUCUACUACAAGUGUUGUCACAUAUGGAUCGCCAUUAGCCUCAGUUAGACAAGUUAUUAAGACCAAGAGCACUGAAAGUAUGGCAUUCCCGCUGUGUCUUGCAAAUUUCUUGGUUGCUAUUCAGUGGUUGUACUAUGGACAUUUAGUCAUGGACAUUUACUUGCAGGUGCCAAAUUUUUUUGGUUCACUCUUAGGACUUUUUCAACUUGCAUUCUUUGUUGUAUAUCCCAGCAGACAACAUUAUGACCUUUCAACUCCAGGGACAACUAUUUGAUGGGAAUCCAUAAUAAAAGACAAAAGCAAUUUUGAUGAUGGACACUAUUUGACUGGUUGAUUGAUUGUGGAACAAAUUGAUGAAUUCUUUUAUUUAUAUUGUAAGAGGACUUUGCAGUCAGCUGAGCUGUUUCUCAGCAAAGUUCAGAACAAAUUAAAAACAGCAGGAACAUUCUUCAGGAAAAUGUAUAAAAGUAAAUGUUGACGGACCAAAUUCAGGUUAUGAAUUCAAGAUUAGCAAUUAUAGAAUCAAUAUGAUACUAUUGAUAUUAAUGGUAAAAAGACAAAUCUUAAUAAUGAAUUGGAAAAUUAUGAAUAGAAAUAUAAAUUAAAAGCAUAAAAUUUUUUAGAGAUAAACUGUAAUUAAUCAAAGAUAAUUUGGUGCUAGCCAUUUAUAACAAAAUACUCAAAUAUGGUGGAUUAUGAAAUUGUCUAUUUUAGAAAUAUAUGUUAGUAUAUAAGUAUAUAAACUAUUUAUAUUCAAAUUGUAGCUCAUUGUCAAAAUACAAGGUUUAGAUUUAGUCAGUCUUCACAAAAAUGUAAAAAGUUACUGCACAUUUCCCACAAUUGCAGCCGCCAAACUGGGAUAAUGCAUCGUAUCAUCUAAAAUGUAUUAAUUUGAAACAUUUCUUUAUACAGUAUUAUCAUUAAGAGAGUAUACUAUUUUAAGUAAUUAAGUAAGCUCAACUUUAUUUAUAUUUUCUCCAGUAUUUGCCAUUAUUGAUAUUUUUGACAAUCAAAUUAAUUUACAGUACAAACA